AUGUCAGUCCGAGGCAUUCGGAUAUGGCGGCGGAAUGAUGCACGAUUCCAGCCGUCGAUCCUUGUCGAGAAGAAUGGACUUGACGGAUCACUUCUGUUUCAAGGUGGAGCUGUUGCCACCCUAGAUUCUGAUUCAACGGAAGUCGAACGAAGGUCUUAUCAGAAAAUUGUGGAUGCAUAUGGUCUCUUGGGAGUAUUAGCCAUCACAAAGGAUGAAUCCGUUUUAGUAGCAGUAACUGGAGUACUUUCAGUUGGACAACUUUAUGGAGCCGAUAUUCUGAAAAUAACAAAUGUCGAAUUCAUAUCAUUACGAACUUUCGGUUCUGUAGAAAAUGUAGAUUCUAGGAUAGUCGAUCUUCAACGGUUACUCUCUUCACAAAUGUUUUAUUUCUCUUCACUUCAAUCCUAUGAUCUCACUCGGUCGGCUCAACAUCGUGAUUCACAUGAUGGAAGUGAUGCACGAUUCUUCUGGAAUAGAAGUCUUCACUUUUCAUUUCAACGUUACGGAAUAGACACGGACAAUUGGCUACUGAAAUGCAUGGCUGGAUCAGUACUAGUCCGAGUAGUUUAUGUUGGUGCAAAUACAGGUCGUGUAGCUCUAAUUUCUCGAUUGAGUUGCGAAAGAGUCGGCACUCGAUUCAACGUACGAGGCGCUAAUUAUCUUGGAAAUGUGGCCAAUUUCGUGGAGACGGAGCAACUUCUUCUUUUUGACGAUAAAGAGUGCUCACUUCUUCAAAUUCGUGGAUCUAUCCCGCUUUUCUGGGAACAACCGGGAGUCAAUGUAGGAUCUCAUAAAGUUAAGCUGAGAGCAUUCGAGACAAGCCUUCCGGCUUAUCAUAGGCACAUGUCCCAACUUCAACAUCGAUAUGGAGAAUUUGCGAUUGUGAAUUUGUUGGGAAGAAAAGAAGGAGAACGAGUUCUCAGUGACGCUUUCAAGACACAACACAAGAAUUCACACUUUGCGCCAAUCGUUGAUUUCAUUGACUUUGAUUAUCAUGCUCAAAUGAAAAUAUCAAAAGAGGCAAUUGUCCAGCUGAAGAAGAAGAUGACUCCUCAUAUGUCUCAGCACGGAUUCUACUAUUCCAUGGAUCAUAAACUCGUCAAACGACAAACGGGAGUAUUUCGAACCAAUUGUCUGGAUUGCCUAGAUCGAACCAAUGCAGUUCAAACAGCCGUUGGCCUUCAGAUGUCUCAUGAUCAAGUGGCGUUCCUGAAUUUAAACGCUGGAAAAGUGAAUGUCGAACAACGUGUUGAAGAGAUUCUCAAAGAUUUGUGGCAGAAAAAUGGAGAUCAAUGCAGUACAAUAUACGCAGGAACAGGCGCAUUAGAUGGGAAAAGUAAGCUGAAAGAUGCUUCGAGAUCAUUGGCAAGAACGAUUCAAAACAAUUUGAUGGACGGUGCAAAGCAAGAAUCGUUUGACCUGUUCUUAACAGGAGCAGCGUAUGAUCCUCGUCUUUUUGAUAGAGCAUGCAAUAUUCUGCCACCGAGUUUGAUUCAAGAGAGCUAUUACUAUCAUGAAUAUGCUGACGCAGUAUCACAGCUAGUUGAGCGAAGUCCGGAAAUCGCUGAACCUCAACAUAUAAAAAUUUUCGUUGGAACGUGGAAUGUAAAUGGAGGAAAAAACAUUCACAAUGUAGCGUUCCGAAACGAAUCCAGCCUGUCCCAUUGGAUUUUCUCCAAUUCAAUGACUCGAUUGGUGUCUGUGGAAGAAGAACAACUGGCAGACAUUGUGGCUAUUGGAGUUGAGGAACUUGUUGAUUUGAAUGCAAGUAAUAUGGUGAAAGCAAGCACCACAAAUCAGAGAAUGUGGUGUGAAAGUAUUCGGAAGACGUUGGCUGAGAAGGCUCCAUUUGUUUUGAUUGGAUCUGAACAACUAGUUGGAGUCUGCCUAUUUUUAUUCGCUCGACCAAAAAUCUCCCCGUAUUUGAAAGACUUUGCUGUGUCUUCUGUAAAGACUGGUAUGGGCGGAGCGACUGGAAACAAGGGAUCGGUUGCAUUUCGAAUAGUUGUAUUCUCCACUUCGAUUUGUUUCAUUUGCUCUCAUUUCGCAGCUGGACAAAAUGAAGUGAAAGACAGAAAUGAGGAUUUUGCGACUACUUUGAAGAAAAUUCGAUUCCCAUUAGGGAGAGAAAUUGAUUCACACGAUGUUAUAUUUUGGUUUGGAGACUUCAAUUAUCGUAUCAGUUUGUCGGGAGAAGAAGUGAAAACAGCGGUUAGAAAUGGAGAUUUUUCUAAACUUGUUGAGCACGACCAACUGACAAACGAGAAAAUAAAGGGACAGACAUUUAUUGGAUUCAAUGAAGGACAGCUAACGUUUGCACCAACCUACAAAUACGAUACAUUCAGUGAUGAUUACGAUACAAGUGAAAAGUGUCGUGCUCCUGCUUGGACUGAUCGAGUUCUUUGGAAAGAUCAGAGAAAGAAAGGAAAAACGACUUUGCUGAGUUAUGACCGAUCUGAAUUGAAAACAUCAGAUCAUCGACCAGUGGGAGCUGUCUUCAAAGUGGAAACCUAUAAAGUGGAUGGAAAGAAAUGUAUAGAACUUAUCGAAGAUGUUGUUGAAUCCAUGGGUCCCCCGGACGGCACGAUUGUGGUUAACAUUGUUGGAAAGCCACGAUUCCCACCGCAGAUGUUCCCACCGAUUCAUGAAAAACUGAAAGAGCUUGGAGCGAUGGUUCAGUUGAGCAAAUUUGAUAAUGGAGACUUAUGGAUUGUUUUGAAUAGUGGAGAAAUGGCAUUGGCUGCGUUGAGCAUGGAUGGAUUGAAAUUGGGAUCAGAUCAACUUCAAGUAAAAUUGAAAUCGCCUGAUUGGGCAUAUGCUCUAAAACCGCAUCUCUCUGAUUUCGAUCUGGAGUCUUUUGAAGUUUCACCUGAAGAAGAGACUCUGAUUAAUGGUGCCGAUGGUGCAGUCUUUGAGUUUGCUGAUGAAGACGAGGAUUCGAUCAGCGUUAUGAGUUUGACUCUGACUGGAUCUGCUCCCGAUCGACCACGACCUCCAUCAGCACGUAGCGAAGCAAUCAAUAUGGCGAAUCUGGAAUGGCCAUCUGAAAGACAAGACGUCCUUUCCACUUCAAUGCCCACUCGUGCUUCUUCAGCUUCUCUUGCCAACAGCUCUUGGUAUGAGCAUGUACCACCACUUGCUCCACCGACUACUCAUCCAACACAGCAAUCAAACAACAAUAAAAGCCCUCCACAGCAAUCGUGUCUCUUCAACCCAUUCACCCAAUCUGUUCCUUCUCCAGCAGCUCCUCCACCACCUACCAUUCCAACACGAGGAGCUUCUGUUGGACCUGGUCCACCAGCUGUUCCCCUUAGAAAAGCACCCCCACCACCACCUCGCCCUGUAAUUCCACCCAGACCCAAAAAUAUGUAG